CUGGCAAUCACAUGUGUUUGGGAUUCUGAAGUUGUUUUGCGAGGAUUCUCCCGAAACCUAUUUCAUGAUCUGAAAAGGGUGUUUUGCAAAGCAUAUGACUGCCCAGGAGGUGCGGCUGUGUGGCCUGCUGCUACAGGAGCACUUUGGAGAGGUGGUGGAGAGGAUAGGCACUCACCUGCUCAGAGGAGGGGCACAGAACCUCAGGACCAUCGCCAAUGAGACCAACACACCACUGGACCUGGUGAAGAAGUCUCUGUGUGUGUUGGUACAGCACGGUGCUUGUGAGUUCGGGUCGGGCCGGCGAGGCCCCGGGAGCCCAGUGGAGUACCGGGCCAGCUGUGAGCGGGUUCUAAGGGUUCUGCGGUACCCGCGGUACAUCUACACAGCUAAGACCCUGUAUGGAGACACAGGAGAACUCAUCGUGGAGGAGGUCCUACAACGAGGCCAUAUGACCAUGAGCAACACGGUCAAGACUGUAGCUGACCGACUCACUCAUAACAUGGAGGAGGGUCGUAGUAUGGAGUACAGUGAGGUGGUCUCAGCCUUCUCUAAGCUGGUGGAGACUCACUUCCUGCAGCGCUGUCCUCCGGUGGCCGAGAUGGGAACUGCAGCCACCUCCACUUCCGGCGACCCCGGCACCCCUGCCGCCCCCGCCUCCACUGCCCCCCCAACAGCAGAGAGCAACCCCGACUGCUACACACUGCCCCAUGUCACACUCAUAGGUCGUGGGAAGCGCAGACGCUCCAGUGACGACAGUGAGGAGCAGAGAGGAGGGAAGAAAGCCAAGAUGGACUCAGAGUCGUGUGGUGAUGAGGGGAUCUACUGGCAGGUGAACUUUGAGAGGUUCCAUCAGCACUUCAGAGACCAGGCCAUCAUUAGUGCUGUGGCCAGCAAACUGGACCAGACCAGUAGUGAGAUAGUGAGGACUAUGUUGAGGAUGAGUGAGGUUACCACCACACAGACCGCCGCCUACACUCAGCCCCUCUCAGCCAAUGAGAUCUUCCGCUCCCUCCCGCCCAACUACAGCAUCAGCAGACCAAUACUGGACCAGUACCUCUCCCUUCUGGUGGAUGACCCGAUGGAGUUUGUGGGGAAAUCAGGUGACAGUGGAGGAGGAAUGUACGUGGUCAAUCUCCAAAGAGCCCUGGCCAACCUGGCGAGAGCCACACUGGAGUCUGUGGUACAGGAGAGGUUUGGCUCGCGGUCGGCUAGGAUCUUCCGUCUGUUGCUAAGGAAACGUCACCUGGAGCAGAAGCAGGUGGAGGACUUUGCUAUGAUCCCUGCCAAGGAGGCCAAAGACAUGCUGUACACACUGCUGUCAGAGAACCUGGUACAGCUACAGGAAAUCCCUAAGACUCCUGACCACGCCCCUUCACGUACCUUCUACCUGUACACUGUCAACCAGCUGCCUACUGCCCGGCUACUGCUACAACACUGCUACAAGACAGUGGCUAAUCUGAUUGAGAGGCGCCUCUUCGAGACCAAGGAGAACAAGCGUCUGCUGGAGAAGUCCCAGCGAAUCGAGGCGAUCCUGGCAUCGCUGCAGGCCAGUGGGGCGGAGCCUGAACAGCUGACAGAGGUGGAGGAGAUGAUCACUGCCCCCGAGAGACAGCAGCUAGAAGCCCUGCGACAUCACAUCAACAAGUUGGACUCUACAGAGAACCAGGUGGAUGAGACUGUCUUUCUACUGGAGUCCUACAUCUUCUCUACCAAGACCAAGUGAGAGGGAGGGGAGAAACACAAUGGACAUGAAGUUGCAUCAAUACAAUAUGUUUGGGUUUUCAUAUACCUGUGCUUUUUCUGCCUGACGUACAGACGUCGUUAUUUCAGUUAUAUGUUCAACAAUGUCUGCUAGUGUGAAAGUGUUUUUUCUUUUAUAGAAUGAAGUAGUCUGAAAUGCCAGAUAAAAAAUACAAAUAAAAAGUUAUGUAAUAAAAUAUUUGGUUCAUGUGAAUGAAUGAUCCCAUGUAUGUAUAAAUGAACAUGAAAGAAACUAAAAUAACAUUUUCAAAAACUUUAA